CUUUUGUCAUCAUCAUCCACUCAGUAUAAAAGCAUGCUUGUUAUUACAGAUUUAGAAUCAGCUGAUAUUUUCCAGAGUUCAUUACAUUGGAUCUGACAACACACAGCUGUAAAGAUGUCAACCACAAUGGUAAUCAAACAGCCACAGCCUGUUAUGGUCUCCACAGAAUCUGAUAAAUGGGGGUCAGGCAUUUGUGACUGCUGCGAUAAUGUGCCUGAAUGCUGCUUUGCUUUCUGGUGUUUCUGGUGUUUUACCUGUACAAAAGCCAAGGAGCAUGGUGAGUGUUUAUGUCUCCCCCUGCUGGACGUCUGUGGGACCACCCCACCUAUAACACUGGCUAUGAGGGUCUCAAUGCGCAAUCGUUAUGGAAUAAAGGGCACUAUCUGUAAUGACUGCGUGUUGGCCACAUUCUGCAGACCCUGCGUUUGGUGUCAGCUGUCACGAGAGAUGAAGGCUCGAGCUAUACAAAUCUCUCUUGUUGGUGCCAGGAUUUUUUAAACAAUUAUGAAGAUGCUAUGCUUUUUUCGUGUAUGUUUUAAAAUUUUAUAAGAAAUUAUGAAGGUAAACGUGUCAGCUAAAAUAAUGAAACAUAGAAAGGGUUUCAUAUAUUUAUUCUGAUGUGUCUGUAUUUGAAUUUGUAUAUAGUGUUUCAAUUGUAUGAUUCUCGUUGACAGUACAGUAAAUCACUUUUGAUAUAUUUUGUGAUAAAACACAAGGAUAUGUAAGUUUCCAUCCAAGACUGCAGAUUUACAUGGCAUCUGUGUUGUUUUGAAAUUAAUGACUUCAAAGUUUCUUGCUGUUGAUGUUGAAGUUGAAAACUACGCAAUAGAUUUUCAUUUAUUGAAGUCUCUUUUAAUACCUGUUAUGUUAUUUACUGUCAGAUUAAUUCAAACACACCGCACAACCAAAUGACAUUUGCUGAACAGCCACUGUUCUUAAAGAGACAGUAACAUGUUAACGUUUGUUAAACAUAUACUCAAUAUAAAUACUACAAAUUAUUCGUACAAAGAAAAAAAGCAUGUAACAAAAUGUGUAAUAAAUGUGUAAACAUGUAUAUAAUUA